AUGACCCAGCCGACAGAAGUUCGCGGGCUGGCAGAGCGUGUCGUGCGCCGGCUGAUGCACGGCGAGACGAUGGCCGGAUUUGGCGACGACGAGAUCUAUCUGUUGCUUGAAGCGUCACGCCAGCAGCUGCAACCGCUCCCGGCCCUCGUCCGCAUGACCGCCCCGGUGGUCAUCUUCGGCGAUAUCCACGGCCAGUUCGCCGACCUUCUGCGCUUUUUCAAUGUUGUCGGCACGCCGCCAAAGACCAAGUGCCUCUUCCUCGGCGAUUACGUCGACCGAUGCUCAAAGUCGUUGGAGGUCAUCAUGCUGUUGCUCUGCUUCAAGCUGCUGCAUCCCGGCCACAUUGAACUGCUCAGAGGGAACCAUGAGUGUGCAAAGCUGAAUCGGUCCUACGGGUUCUACGAGGAGCUGCGCCGGAAGCGCAGCGUGAAGAUGUGGAAGGCAUUUCAAGGGGUGUUCGCCGAGUUGCCGCUGUGCGGACUGGUCAACGGCCGGAUUCUCGGUAUGCACGGUGGUAUCUCGCCCCAUAUCGCCAACUGGGCCUCACUCACCGACCUGCAGAAGCCCCGCACGGCUAAGGAGUGUGACGAGGGCAUCGCGCUGGAUCUGAUGUGGGCCGACCCGACGCAGGACACCUGCGGAUUCUUGCCAAACAAGUCCCGCUCGGCGUCGUACACCUUUGGCGAGGACGUCGUGAAGGCCUUCUGCGCCAAGCUGGGACUUGAACUGGUGGUCCGCGCUCAUGAAAUGGUCAUGGAUGGCCACGUGCUGCAAGCGGAAAACCGCUGCUGCACAAUCUUCACGGCUCCGAAUUAUUGCGGCACCGACAGGAAUUCCGGAUCGGUGAUGCUCGUUUCGGAAAAGUUGGAGAUCAGCUUUGAAACGCUGCGCCCACGCCCUGUAGUCCGCGGCACGCUGGACGAGCGCCGGGAAGCGAUCCUCGAGAAGAUGGCCCGCGUCGAUCAUGGAGCAAAGAGCCCGAUGCCGAUGCGGAAGGCGGACAAGGCGGAAAAGGCGGAAAAAGCAACUGAUCCGCCCGCCACAACGUCAACCGUCAGCGAGCCGUCCACCACCGUGACCAAA